AUGGCUUUCACAGGUAAUCGACUCCUCUGUUACACCUCCACAAGAACACCGUACACCCAACUCCCACUGCGCCGUCCAUUCCUCAUACCACCAUCCCCAUCAUCGUCUCAUCAGCCAAGAACAUCAUCUUUCAGAGUCUCGGCGAAUCCCAAAAAGCUCUCUUCAUCAUCAAGAACUGGAAGAUUUGACAGUAAGAACAGAAGAAGCUCAGUUUCAACUAAGGAACAAGAAGAAGAAGAAGUAGUAGAAAAGCAACGGAUGGAUGAGAUUUCAGUUGAUAAUAAUACUGCUACUAUCGGAGCCGUUGAUGAUGGAUUUGUAAUGCCGGAGCUUCCCGGAGAAAAGCCUGACUUCUGGGAAGGUCCUCAGUGGGAUGUUCUUGGAUUUGUUCUGCAAUACCUGUGGGCUUUUGGUAUCGUUUUCGCGUUAAUUGCUUGUGGCAUUGCUGUGGCCACAUAUAAUGAGGGAGCAACAGAUUUCAAGGACACUCCAGUUUACAAGGAAUCAAUCCAAUCUCGAGAGUUUUUAGAUGAACCAGAUGUUUUUGAAUCCAAUCCAACCGAACAGGCUCCUAGUUUGGACUAG